AUGGCCAUGUCCUCAGCCACCACCGACAAAGUUCCAGCUCUAAAAGUGUUCAAUGAUACCAAAACCGGAGUCAAAGGCCUCGUUGACUCUGGCAUCACCUCCCUUCCCGCCAUAUUCCACCACCCCAACAUCUGCCUCUCAAUCCCCACCUCCACCCACCUCUCAAUCCCCAUCUUCGAUCUCUCUCUCCCACGCCCCAUCGCCGUCGAUCUCAUCCGCUCUGCAUGCCAAGACUGGGGCUUCUUCCAGCUCAUCAACCAUGGCAUCCCUCUCUCCACCAUCGACAACACCAUCUCCUCCGUCCGAUCCUUCCACGAGCUCCCGGCCGCCAUCCGUUCCCAACACUACACACGUGCGCCCCGUGGUGGCGUUAGCUACUUCUCGAACAUGGAUCUGUUUUACUCGGCGGCCGCUAACUGGAAAGAUACGUUGCAGGUCACCUUCAGUCCUGUCCGACCAGAAGUGGACAUGAUCCCGGAGGUUUGCAGAUCAGAGCUGGUGGCGUGGGAAGAGCAGGUGAAGGUGGUGGGGAGGGAAGUGAUGGGGAUGAUGUGUGAGGGGCUCGGAGUGAGCUCAGGGAGGCUUGAGGAGUUUGUUGAAGACUACUCAGAGUGCACAUUGGUUAUUAGAGAAGCUGAGUAA